AGUAAUGGUUGACAUUGGUUAUGAUUGUUUAAUCUUCACGUGGUACUUGAUUGUCCCAACAAACAUGAUGAUUACGCAAAAAUUCCCGAAGCUCAUCUAUAAAAGCUAUUUUAUAUUAUAUUAUUAAAAACAUAACCAAAGUUGGGAUACUGGUUGAGUUUGCUGUGGCUUUAAAAUAAAUAAAAUGACAGAAGAAAACCCAGAUUUUGCAAUAACGGAAGGAACUGAAGGCUUGUCUGAAAUAAAAACUGUGCACUAUUACAAAGUACCAGCGACGGAGUACUUCCUAGACAUCAAACAUGGCACUGUUGUUGCCGACAAGCUGGUCCAAAAUGAGGGAGAUGAAACAAAACAAAUCUGUAAAAUAUUACGUUAUGGAAUGGAUUCGGGUCAGCUACAGUUUAAAGCUGCCCUCUACAGUGAGACAACCUCGAAGUAUAUAGUCAUUGGACAGGACAACCAGAUUCUGCUAGACGAUAAUCCGAUGUGGUUUGAAGCAGUCACAUACACUUGCUUUAUCAUGUUCAAGAAAAAUGACAUGUAUUUGGCUUACGACAACGAGACUCGACAGAUAGUUGCUGCUAACUCGGAAUUUAAGUUUGAAGAACUGCCAGUAGUUACUGCUGCUGAUGAGUCUGGCAAUUGAUAUAGGCAUGAAGCCUAAUUUAGUGAUGCGGAAGACGUGGGAAAUAUAAUUAAGGAACACAUAAUAAUGAGAAUGCAAAACAUAUUAAUGAGGCUUUAUAAUUAGAGAUCUGCUGCCACAGAUUUGCAAAAUGAAUGUUUUCGAAAUUAGUCGUAUUUGAUAUAAGCUAACUUCUUCAUAUUUCUCUAGAUCUACAUCACAAAAUCAACAUUUUGAAGACAGAAAACAUUACAUCGUUUAUAAAAUAUCAAAACCAAAGUAUCAUUGUCAUUUAAUUCUGUAUGUUUGUAGUACGCCAUAAAGUACAAUUAUAUUACAGCAUAAACUUGUCUCUUACACAA